GCGACGGCUACUGGCGUGCGCGGGAGAGCGAGCAGCGGGCCGCGCCCGACGAUGAGACACGAAGCUCCGAUGCAGAUGGCUUCUGCUCAAGAUUCCAGAUAUGGCCAGAAAGAUACAUCUGACCAGAACUUUGAUUACAUGUUCAAGCUGCUUAUUAUUGGCAACAGCAGUGUUGGGAAAACCUCCUUUUUGUUCCGAUACGCUGAUGAUUCCUUUACAUCUGCAUUUGUAAGCACGGUUGGGAUCGAUUUCAAAGUUAAAACAGUUUUCAAAAAUGAAAAAAGAAUUAAGCUACAGAUUUGGGACACAGCAGGUCAGGAAAGAUACAGAACAAUCACCACAGCUUACUACCGAGGUGCAAUGGGCUUCAUUUUAAUGUAUGACAUCACAAAUGAAGAAUCUUUCAACGCUGUGCAGGAUUGGUCAACUCAGAUCAAAACAUACUCUUGGGACAAUGCCCAGGUUAUUUUGGUCGGUAACAAAUGUGACAUGGAGGAUGAACGGGUAAUCUUCACUGAGAGAGGCAAACAUUUAGCCGAGCAACUUGGUUUUGAAUUUUUUGAAACAAGUGCCAAGGACAACAUUAACGUCAAGCAGACAUUUGAACGACUUGUGGAUAUCAUCUGUGACAAGAUGUCAGAAAGUCUGGAGAUGGAUCCCACCAUUGCUGCCAACAAGCAGAACACACAGUUAAAGGACACCCCUCCUCCACAGCAGCCAAAUUGCGGCUGCUAAUGCAGCUAUCAGCAAAGGCAGCUCCAGUGUGCUCUGUUGCUAACAGAGUAUUUGGUAAUGGUCUAUAUGCCUUUAUUUAUACCAUCUUACUAAUUUAUUUGAGAGAAAAGUCUUUUAUUUUACAUCAGCAGCUGGUUGACUAUGUGUCUGGAGAUGGAGAGAUUAUUAGUUUGAAGGGACGAUCCAUUUUUUUAGCAUCUGGCUUCUGCAUGCUGGAUGGCUAUUAGUUUAUCUUUUAUUUUUGCUGUUUUACAUUACUUCAGCUGGUGCCAUGUACUCAGACCACAUUUGCUUAGAACUGACUUUUGUGUCAUCAGUUUCAAAUUAUAUAGCUGAAUCCUUAGGGUAGUGGCCAAGUUGUUAUAGAAUAAGCUUCCUAAUGCUACUGAUAUUUUCUCCAACUAAAAAUCAGUUUAGAAAUAUUUCUCCAGAGAGCAAAACCCUCAUUCUGUCCAGAUAGUUUGUAUAAGGGACACUUCCAGAAGUGUUUUGCAUUGGCAAGUUGACACUCAUGUUACACAUCAUGGUUGACUGAAAAUUGCAGAAGUUAGAAAGAAGCUAGUUCCUGGGCUCAAAGCUACCAAACUUCCUUCUGAGGUUCCACCUGGAUGUGGGUAUUUAGUGGAAUCCCUCAAAGAUACUGGGUACUUAAUCCUCUUUGGAUAGCUAGUAUGUUUGCAUUUCUGUGGGAGCUCCAUAUCUAGCUAAAACCGUUGUGAAACUGGACUUAAUUUCUCAUUCCAUCCCGGUAGUAUCUACCCCAGUAGAGCAGGGUCGAACAGUUAUUUUCAUUCCUACUUAUAUGAGAUAUGAAACGCACAGUUCUAUAUUAUCCCUGACAGAGCCAAUUCCAUUAUGCCCAGUUGUUCAUAGCCAUGUGUCAUCAUGUUGCUGUCAAACCUGCAUACUUAAUUUUGCAGGAAUUUCAUCUCCCAUUCAGUCACUGAGACAACAACCAUCAUCCCACUUGCAAUGGUAUUUUUAUUCAGACAUAGUGCAGAAGUGCCGCUGGUGUCAGUGAACUGAAUUUUGACCUCAUUUUUACUUUUGACAAGACAAUCACAAGGCCAUAAGAUUUUUUUUAAAUUUUAGGAGUAAUAAAAAAUUGUCAACAUUUCUAGUAUUAGGCUGAAUACCUUCAUGAGAUCAGCAGAGGGCUGUGAAGAUAACAAAAUAAAAUACACAAAUUCUUUUUUUAAUAGUGUUAAAUAGCUCAUAGUUUUUAAAAGCACACUUCUAGUAAUUGAUGGCAGUUUCUUACAUCUGUGCCCUGAAAUACUUUGUACAACUGCUUUACUUGCAUCACAGUGACAUUUUUUAACUAAAUGGCAUAAUUUCAGAACUCUCCCAAUUAGACAGAAUUUAGGACAAGGCUGACAUUUCUUAAACAGUCCGCAAUGGGAAAAUUCAGAAGACAGAUAAAGCAAAGGUACUGCAAACUGCUCACAACUGCAAAGAAAUCCCUCUACACACAUUACUUUUUUUGAAGGUAAUUCACAGAAUCAUAGAAUACCAGGUUGGAAGGGACCUCAAGGUCCAACCUUUUUAGGUGAUACUAUAGUUUGUAUGAGGUGGCUCAGCAACCUGUUGAGCUGACAUUUAAAACUGUCCCAUGUGGAGGAAUCUACCACUUCUGUUGGGAGACUACUCCAAUGUUUGAUUUUCUUCAUGGUGAAAAAUUCACCUCUUGCGUCCAAUCGCAAUCUCCCCAGGUCAACUUUUGCCCAUUGCUCCAUGUCUUUUCCAUGGGACUCCUUGUAAAUAGGGUGUUUCCAUCUUGGUAGCCAUCCUUUAAGUACUGGAACAUGUUGGAACAUGGUAAUGUGGUAACUCAUAUAAGUCCUGGAACACAAAAAAAGAAAAUAGUCACUUUCC